ACCAGACAUCUACACAGGAGCUCUGUAGGAUAGGCUGUGACUCCAGCCUUUUUCUUAGCUUUUUGUUUUUGUUUUUGUUUUUUGUUUUCUAGGGAGUUCGUGGCGCAGAUACCAUGCUAUCUGAUUCCAGCUCUUGAAGCUCUGAGUAAAAGAUUUGUAAAAGCCCUUUUUCUGUCACACUGUACAGGAUGUGAAGAGCUUCUACAGGAACAGUCUCAUUUUCUCCCCUAAGGAAACACAGCAGCAUGGCUAGUGUGUUGUCCCGGCGCCUUGGUAAGCGGUCCCUCCUGGGAGCCCGGGUACUGGGGCCACCCGGGGCUGCCCCACCUUCAGAGCCUCAGGCGGAGCUGCUGGACGGGGUGGCUCCCCAGCCCUUCCUAGUCUCUAAGGAUACUUCCUGCCAGGAGCAGCUCAAGGAAGUUCUCAAGGCUCCCGGCACCUCAGGCCUCCAGCAGGUGGCCUUUCAGCCAGGGCAGAAGGUUUAUGUGUGGUAUGGGGGUCAAGAGUGCACAGGACUGGUGGAGCAGCAUAGUUGGGCAGAGGACAAGGUGACUGUUUGGCUGUUGGACCAGAAGUUGCAAAUCUGCUGUAAAGCAGAGGAAGUGUGGCUGGCGGAGCUGCAGGGUGCCUUUCCCCAGGCGCCCCCUCCGGAGCAGGGAAGCCAGGCGCCAGCCUACAGGCCUGUCUCCAGGAACAUUGACGUUCCAAAGAGGAAGUCAGAUGCAGUGGAAAUGGAUGAAAUGAUGGCGGCAAUGGUGCUGACGUCCCUGUCCUGCAGCCCAGUCGUGCAGAGUCCUCCUGGGGCCGAGGCCAACUUCUCUGCUUCUCGCCAAGCCUGUGACCCGUGGAAGGAGAGCGGGGAUGUGUCCGACAGUGGCAGCAGCACCACGAGCGGGCACUGGAGUGCGAGCAGUGGCGUUUCCACCCCCUCGCCCCCCCACCCCCAGGCCAGCCCCAAAUACCUUGGCGACGCCUUUGGUUCUCCCCAAACUGAUCAUGGAUUUGAGACCGAUUCGGACGCUUUCCUUUUGGAUGAACCAGCUCCACGUAAAAGAAAGAACUCUGUGAAGGUGAUGUACAAGUGCCUGUGGCCAAACUGUGGCAAAGUUCUACGCUCAAUUGUGGGCAUCAAGCGACACGUGAAAGCCCUCCACCUGGGGGACACUGUGGACUCCGACCAGUUCAAGCGGGAGGAGGAUUUCUACUACACGGAAGUGCAGAUGAAGGAGGAAGCUGCUGUUGCUGCUGCUGCCGCUGCUGGCACCCCCACAGCCGACCUAGCUCCCAUCCCCAGUGUGACCAGCCCACCCCUUGCCAUUCUUCCACCGCCUCCUCCCAAAGCCCAGACCUCAGGCCCAGAACACCCUGGCCUGGAGUCUUAUUUGCCCUCUGGUGCUCUCAGCAAGUCAGCUCCUGGCUCCUUCUGGCACAUUCAGGCCGACCAUGCGUACCAGGCCCUGCCAUCCUUCCAGAUCCCCGUCUCGCCACACAUCUACACCAGUAUUAGCUGGGCGGCCGCCCCCUCCACGGCCUCCUCCCUCUCUCCGGUCCGGAGCCGGUCGCUAAGCUUCAGCGAGCCCCAGCAGCCACCACCUGCAAUGAAAUCUCACCUGAUUGUCACUUCUCCACCCCGGGCCCAGAGUAGUGCCAGGAAGGCCCGUGGGGAGGCUAAGAAGUGCCGCAAAGUGUAUGGCAUUGAGCACCGGGACCAGUGGUGCACAGCCUGCCGCUGGAAGAAGGCCUGCCAGCGCUUCCUGGACUGAACCCGUCCAACCGGCUCCUCCUCUUUGCUCCUGGCCUUGAUGGCAGCCAGAUGACAAAAGACAGAUGCGUGAGCCCUCAGCAGAUACCUAGAGAUAGAGUGGACACUGGGAGUUUGGGCUCUAUUGGCUAAGGUUUAAUACUUAAUACCUUUUCCCUUCCCUGGUGGGAACAUUUUAUUUUUUAAAAAAAGAAACGAACUUAUUUUUUCCCCUCAAAUAGGAGAGAGCCAAAACUGACCAAGGGUAUUCUGCAUCAAACCAGAGACCAAAGAAUUAAUUACCCUCCCUUUCCCACAUCCCCUCUCUCUAGGGGAUUAGUUUGUACGCAUCAAAAGAAGGAACAGCUCAUUCUGUUUCCGGCUGAAUUGGUGAAUUCUUUGCUUUUUCUACUCUUCCAGAAGGGACUCUGAGCAAGAUGAAUUCACUUUUCUUUAAAACAUAAGUUUCUGGCUGAUAACUCAGAGAGCAGGACUUACCCUGGAUGGGGUGGGAGGAGCUGGGGCAUCUGGGUGAUUUUUAAGGUGCAGCCGGCUCUUCUCCACCUGAAUCGUGGAGAUGGGAGAACAUGUGCUCACCAAGCAGCUUUCCUGGGAAGUAAAAGGAAAACCGUUUCUUGGUGACAACUCUUUGAAUCUGGGUCCCCUCAGACGUUGGGUGGCAUCCCAACAAAUAAUGUAUGGCUUCUUCUCAAAGCCCAGACUAAUAGAUUUUUUAAAAGACUGUCCCCAAAUAGCUGAGCCAAAAGGCUAAUAGGAGUUCACUUUCUGAAAUGUGGCAGUUAAACACUACCUUGAGAGUCUUUCCUCUUUCCUUGAGGACAAGCCAGAGAGUUUGAAAAUCGGCAAAGCUCUCUGUUGUGAUCCCAGAAAAUAAACUCCAUCUUGAGUUUCCUCCCUCCAGUGAUGGAAAUGACGCCUCUGAUGGAAAUGACACCUCUAAAACUCUUUGUUUUUUUUGUUUUUUUUUUUUAUGGUUUUUUAUGUUUUUUUUUUUAUUUAGAAGCCUUUAUCUGAUUAAAGUUCCCUUUUAUUGGGGCGGUAGGUUCCUUUUUUUCUCUGGUUUCACCAGGGAUUUCCCCGUUGUCCUCCGAGGCCGCAGGCAGGGCCAGUGCGGGGGAAGGAGAGAGAAGAGCCUAGAUAGAAAGAUUAAGUGGCAGCUUGCCCCAUGAUGGAGAAGCUGACAGGUCCCCCAUUAUUCGGUGGGCUUACCUGCCUAUUUGGGAGCUAUCUGAUCUUCUUCCUUAGGUGAUACGUAGGACAGGACUCUAGGCAAGGAGGAGGCUUCUGGAUAUUUUUUUUUACCAGUGUUAGGUGAUGAAGAUCACUUUGAUGCAGUGUGACCUGCCCAGGUACCUGCUGAGCAUCGUUUCUUGUCUAAAGAUGGGACGGAGAAUGUUUAAGAGAGUCCUGAGGACAUCCUGGGAGGAGUCCCUGGGGUUGAAGUCACAGCUCCUGGUGCUUCAGCCCCUGGAGUUUCUAGAGGCCUCAAGACUUGAGGGUAGAUUGGACAGCAUUGCUUGGGAGGUAAAUAGACAAAGGUGUUCUCAUGAAGAAGGAGGGAGAGGUGUGGGGAGUUUAGUGCCCUGCUGACCAGUGGUCGAUUAGGGUGAGCUGGGCCCUGAGGGCAGGCAUGCGUUUGUUUGGAGCCUCGCUUUUUCUUCGUGUGUGUGACAGUGGGGAUUCCUCAGGGCCUGCUUGAAUGGGUGCCUAGCUCGCUGCCUUGGACCUAUGUCAGGGGCUAAGGGAAUCCUACCCCUUGGCUCUCAUUGAGAUCAUCCUCUUGGUCCCAGGGGGAAAUACCUGGCUAUGGAACUCCUCUUGCCGCUUCUCAUGGGAAAUGUGCAUAUGUGCAUAUGCUUCUCAAUUCAAGACAUGUUGAGUCUUAGAAAACUUGCCAACCUAAGAAUAGGGGCUUGACGUUGUGAAGGGUGAUGGUGACCUGGGUUUGGUGACAGAAGGGAAAGACAGUUAUGCACAGGUGUCUUUGGUGGUGAUGGGGUAUAUUUUUAUAACUUAGUAAAGAAAUAGAUGUGGAAUCUGUCUCUUGGUAAAUCUCAAAACCAGGCCAGCAAGAGAUGGCCCAGGGUUCUUUUCCCUUCAGCCUCCCUGAGAAUUAAAAGCUGACAGCAGGACGUUGCAUGUCAUGAUUCUACUCACUUUGCACACUGUCCAUUUUCAGGUCUUCUCAGGGAGGGAAGGGAGUGUUUGAGACGCGGGGACUCUGCCCAGCCCCGUCUUUCCUUUUCUCCCGAAUCUGAGUUUUUGCUGAGUCUCGUCUUUAGAAAAGCUGUGUUCAUUUGCCCCCUUCACUUUGGAUCACGUAGAUAUAACUGGAUAUAAAGAUUUUUUUCUAAGGCGGGUAGGCUUCUCAUAUCAUUAGUACACAGGACAGGAAAGGAAGAGAGAAAGAAGAAAUUGACGAAACCGUAUAAAAACCGAGGUGGUUUUAUUUCUUGGUUUAUUUUCUUGUGUUUUGUUUUGGUGCAGCUUUUCCCGUCUGCAUUCGGUCCUCCUUUCGGGUGGUGGCUGCCUCCUGCGGCCCCGCUCCUCCCACACCUCCAUCUUGUGGCUGUUGUGUUGGUUCUUGACAUGUCGUCUGUCCUUGGGGUCACGACCCCAUUUGUUUCUUCUCGGAGGGUGGGGUGGUUGUGAACUGGUCCAGCGAUCAUGCCUGUUUGUUCAUCUCUACAUCUCUCCCUACUUCCCAGCCCACCUGGGCCGCAGAAUCUGAUAGAUGGUGAGAUGCCAUAGGUGCGCUUUCGAAACUAACAGGACUGAUUGUCAGAAGCAGUUAUCUUGGGGAACUUUAUUCCAGUGACGUGACCCUCACUCGGAAUUACCUGGGGAGUCUGUGGUGCCUGCUCUGACCAGCCUUAACGAUACUAAAUCUACACUCAUUCAGUGCAGAGAAAGUCUGCGAAUGUCUGUGGUCAAGCGAGGUCACAGGUGCAGAGCGCAAGGACUGACCAGUGAGCAAGAGAGCUUGGGUUUAAUUUUGUGACGUUUAAGCUGGCUGUGAACGCGGUUUUGUAAUUUCAGAGACCGUUUGGAGCAAUGUCCACAUCGUGACAGUAAGCCGCAGCUUGGCUCCUUGGAGGACAUUGUUAACUUGGAUGUGGAAACUGAUUUGUUUGAAGAAGUCUGUCCUGUUACUUUCUGGUCCUCCCAGGUUCUGACUUUACCAGGGGCAGAAAAAAGAAAAAAAAAAGAAAAAAAAGAAAAAAGACAAAAAAAAAAAAAAAAAAGAAGAGGGAGAUAAAUCCCAUCUGUGAAUUUGUCUUAUUGGCGCCUUUUCCCCCAGCUGUCUUCCAAGUAUUAUUUUUACUGUUAAAAAAAAUUUUUUUUUAAAUGUGAAAUGUAAUGUUUUUACAGCAACAAUAUGAAAUAUAUUUUAUAAGGAAUAAAAUGGUACAUUGUCUGA